AUGGCAACGGUGCCUGAUCCUGAUCCUGAUCCUGAUACUAUCCAACUAGCAUUCGCAGAAGCAGUUCGCGAGUUCAAAUCCAAGCUCAAAAACGAUCAAUUGUACGCAGAUAUUCUCAAAACGAAGUCAAUUGACGAAGUCUAUGAUGCUACCGACGCACUUCAAGCCGAACAGGGGAAACAAGGACGACUUCGGCACCUCUCGAAGAUCAAACCGUUCCUUGAAGGACUCCGAGGCUACGCAAAUGUCAUCGACACAUUUGUCCAAGUCAAACCAGACGUCCUUGCACUUAUUUGUGGUCCAAUUAAGUUGCUUAUUCAAUGGGCCACUUCUCUAACGCAAUCCAUGGAUGCCCUUAUCAAUACGGCAGCCGAAAUUGGUGAGCUGCUACCAGAAUUCAAACUCAUAGGUGAAAUGUUCGGCCACACCGAGCAAGUAAAGCUCGUUCUUGUCCUCUUUUUCCAAGAUAUUCUUGACUUUUAUGCUGUGGCCUUAAAAUUCUUUAGUCUACCCAAUUGGCGGUAUAUGUUCGAGGCCUUAUGGCCUUCUCAGAAGGAGAAAAUUAAAAAGGUAAUGGAUCACAUUGGACGACACACGAAUCUAAUGAGAAACAAUGUUCGCUUAGAGCACCUCCGGGAGGAGAAUGAAUAUAGACAGCGAGCGUUUGAGCAUUUUGAAGCAACGCAGAAAAGUAACCUGCGUCAGGAGUAUAACACCAUCAAAACUGAUUUAUCCCCAAGUUAUUACGAUACCGAGCUGUAUCGGAUACGAGGCCAGGUCUGUAAGGGAACGGGAAAUUGGCUGAAGCAAGCGAGUGAUUUCAAGAAGUGGUUUGAUGGGAACGAUGAUUCAACAAGGAUAUUGUGGCUAUGCGGCAUUCCGGGAGCAGGAAAGACUCAUCUAGCAGCCACGGCAAUCGACUUUACUUCAUCAACUAGAACUAUAUUUGCUUUUCUUAGCCACGCUAACAAUAGUAACACCUCCGCCUUGUCGAUUUUCCAUUCCCUCAUAUUUCAGUUGACUUCGGAAGAUGAAAGUCUUCAGGCGGUUCUCUGUGGCUUGGUUCGGGAAAAUUUGAAAAACAGUCUUGAUGUCGCUGUUGAACUUCUUCAGACGCUACUUAGCUCCACUGGCCCGAUUACCAUCAUUAUUGAUGGGGUUGAUGAGAUUGAUAUCUCCGAACGAGAGAAGCUACUCAAGAGGCUUUGCGAAACAUCUAUGGCCUGCAAGAGGACUCAUUUAUUAAUAAGCAGCCGGGCAGAACAUGAUAUUUCAUCAAUCCUAAGCCCAAAAUCGUCAACAAUUCGAGUAGAUGCACACAAUGCGGCAAGUAUCCAAAUAUUUAUCGAUGACUGGGCACAAAAAUGGUUUUCAGAUCAUGAUUUUCUACCCGAAGACAAGUCCGAGAUUGGAAACCUACUUGCGCCGCUUUCCUUAAAAGCAAAGGGGAUGUUUCUCUAUGCCAAGAUCAUGCUGAAUAGCAUAGAGGAGCUUGACAAUCUAGAUGAGAUUCGCAACGAACUUGGAGUACUUCCAGAGAGUCUAGAUGAGGCUUACGAGAGAGUAUUUGACAAAAUAAAUCGCAAGUCUCAGAUCAUUAAAAAGAAGUGUCGACUUAUUCUCGGCUGGAUCAGCUGCUCACCAACGCCUUUGGCAUUAUCAGAACUGGAGCAAGCUUUGGUAGUGACUAUCAGCGACACCUCCAGAGUUUCCUCACCACUGAAUGUUGUCCGUCUUUGUGGUCCUAUUAUUGAGAUCGUGGGGGGUAACAUUCAGUUUGUACAUUUCACGGUCAAAGAUCGCCAUAAAAUUGAGAACUAUAUUGACCUUACCGAAUCAACGUUGAUCCUAGCAAUUUGUUGCAUACGAUACCUAUGCCAGGACCACCACUCGCCUAACAUCAGUGAUGAAGACUUCGAGAUGGGCCUAAGGAUGGGUAAUUACAGACUGCAUUACUAUGCCACAGACACAUGGCUGAAUCUUAUUAUCCAAUAUCUGCGCCUGAAUCGUCCCAGGGAUUUAUCAGAAGAGUUAAUCACCACUCUAAACAAGUUUUACGAAGAACGAGGUCAGCAAGAAUCCUCUGGCCCCACGGAAUUAGAUGAGCAGCGGUAUCCAUCUGAGCUACAACAAUUCGGAUCACGCGAUCCGAGUCUCUUUUGUUUCCUUCGGAGUAUUGCGCAAUUCCAACAAAAAUGUUCCACAUCCCUAUUCCAUCUUGAAGAAGUGCACGAUUGGAUCAGCCUGGACCCCAUCACCACGUCAACUAUUUCCAAGAAGCUGUAUGAUCAAUUUGAUGAAUUUCAGUGCCAAAUGGAGCAGCAUACUGAUCAAUGCUUGUACACAAUUUUGGAACGUCAUUACGGCCAACGACUCUAUAAAUGUGGCUUUUUGUCCUACGUAUAUCAUCGCCAGGGGUUUGCUACCCAACUUUCCAGGAACUCGCACAAAAAAACGUUUGGGGUUUUUUCCAAGGCUAUGAGAGACUGGCACUUGGAUCGCCAUCGCGCAGAAGCCCAAGAAAAUUCGCCGAGUAAAGAGACAUCGUUAUUCGAUCCGAAAUCCGAUGACUUUAUACCUUUCUUAUUCGAUCUUGUUUACAGUGACAAUAUAGAGUCAGUUGGAAAGCUUCCAUCCUUUUUCGAGAGGCUUGGUGAUGACCAACAAGACGAAUUGCUAAAAUUUGUUGCACAUUCUGGAUCUGUGGCAAUGACGAGGUUGAUUUGUGACAGAGGAAUUCGAGAAAAAAUAAUCCACAAGAGGUGGCUUACCUUCAUUUUAGCUUGCAUGGAAAGUCAGAGAAUCGAUUCAUUGACUGUGGUACUGUCAGAAUAUGGUGACAAAAUUGCAAAAGAGCUCCGCAUGAGAGUUCAUUUUGCACAGAUUCGGAUGCGUGCAGUCGCAACUGGAUCAAUGGAGGUGAUUCAGAUAACUGAUUCUUUUUUGAAAGCAGCCUUUACGCAUUAUGAAUGGGAUCCGACGGCCGAUCUAAUUUGGAGAGAUAUAAUCAAAGCAACCGCAAGAUGCCCUGACCGAGAGGAUUAUCUCAUCAACGCAUGGUCAACUCAUGGUGUUUCCAAACUCCUAUCCGCGGUCCUUGUCAAAACACUCACACACAUCGCUCGGACAACAUAUUCAAUACGCCUUGCGCAGGCAUUGCUCCAAUACGGUAUCAACAUGGAUGAACGACAGCGUCAUACAACUCUCACGCCGCUCCAUUGGGCCACCCGCCAUGACUGCGCUGAAGCAGCGGAGUUCAUAAAAUUUUUGCUGUACCAAGGAGCGAACCCAUACAUAUGCAAGGGAAUUAGAGACGAGAAAUGUGCUAAGAAUAUGUCAAACUGGCUCGGCAUGACUUGGGAUGAACUUGUUCAGAAAGCAGAGGAAGAUAGGAAAAGAGGGAUUCAGUGGCCAUAAUAGUUUAAUCCAACGAUUAGAUAUUAACGUCCUAGUAUAGGGUUAGAACCGAAAACAAUAUUGACUACAAUUAUCC